GUGAUGAGCAGUGGCGUACGGUGUCACCUUCUGUAUCAAAGUGCCGAUUGGAGAUAUACUUAUAUCAGUCUCGUAGCUAGUGGUGAUUACUACAGAUAUAAUGUAUUUGGUGACAGUCUGAAGAGCACUCAACAGUAUUCGUAUUGAUUUAAAAGCAACCACAAAGUACACACUACGCGUAGUGUGAUUCGUAGUAUUUACCGUGGCCUGUUGCAAUCGUACUACGAAUAGUCUGUUGUGAUGUUUUGUUAAAAAUUUGAUUCAGUUCUUGCUAUUUCGAUAAGUCUACUACUCGUAACGAAUUCAAAUUUAAACGCAUCUAAGCGAGAAAAUUCGAGCUUAUGAAACUAAAGAUACAUUUCGCUGAAAUACUUGAAAUUAUUGAAAAUAUAGUUGGAAAAUCAUAAGAAAAAUUUCACUAGCUUCGCGUGAUUGGGAACAGGACCGUGCACUCAAUUGAAAUUCGAAACAAUCACCAAUCAAAUGGUAUUUGCAACGAAAUAAGUUACCUGGCACCAUCCCCUCGUCCUAUUCAUUCGCAAUUGCUUAACUUAAAUAUCACAUCCACGCUCCUCGUGGUUGACCAGUAAAAUUCUAAUAUCGAUAUCGGUUCCCAACGAAUUGUGUGAAUUCCAAUCGGUUUGUUCGAUGUGAGAUAAUAUUUUCGUGGAUAAUGGAAUUGGUUUCGUUACCGCAAGUGAUGUAAUCUAGAACAGAGUCAAGAAUCUGGGAUUGCUAUUAAAACCAGCAAUUAUUCCGCAGAAUAUCAUUAUUUCUGGUGACGUUGAAUUGCAUGUGUGACAAUUAAAGUGUUUGGUGAAUUUGGAAAAAAAUUUGUUGAUGAACCUCGCCUGAUUGGGGGUGAAUUUCGAACGGUUGAGUGUUAUUGGUUAUAUGUGCCAGGACCAGUGUUAGAUUUUAUAAUAAGCUGAUCAGUCAUUUGAAUAAUAUCAACUACAAUAUUACAAAAGAUCCUUUUCCAACAUGAAGUUCAAUUUAUUCUCUCCAUCUUCCAAAAGUGAUGAGGAUAGCGACCAAAAACCUGAGGAGUUGCUGAAUCCACAGAAUGAAAAAGAAAAGGAGAAAGAUCGGGGGAAGUGUUAUUCGCGCCAGAUAACGAUUGAUGAGGAGCCAGAUUCGUUAGAAAGUAUUAUCAGUAAUCCAACGGCACUACCCAUUACAGUGGUUCGUAGCCGUCCCACUAGCCUCUAUAAAUGUUCAGUUCACGGAAAAAGUUUCAGCAGAUCCAGCAGUUGCAGAAGUCGUAACUUGCGCCCCGGGAGUGUUCGGCGAGUUCGAAAAAGAGCAAUUCUGAAGAAUGGAGAUUGCAAUGUGUUUCAAGCGAACUUAACAGGACGUCGGAUACGUUUUCUACAAGAUGUUUUCACAACUUUGGUGGACUCCCAGUGGCGAUGGACUCUCCUCGUAUUUGCUUUAGGUUUCAUACUUUCGUGGCUAGGAUUCGGUCUAAUCUGGUGGCUAAUUGUUGUGACUCAUGGUGAUUUGGAGGAGAUGCACUUACCUCAACAUCAAGCUGAAAGUGGCUGGACCCCUUGCAUUCUAAACGUCAACAGCUUCGCAUCAUGCUUCCUAUUCUCAAUUGAAACUCAGCACACAAUUGGGUAUGGUUACCGAGCGACAACUGAAGAAUGUCCUGAAGGAAUAUUUGUAAUGUGUAUUCAGUCAAUAGCGGGAGUGAUGAUUCAAGCCUUCAUGGUAGGAAUCGUUUUCGCCAAAAUGACCCGCUCCAAACAACGAACCCAGACACUGUUGUUCUCCCAAAAAGCUGUAAUUUGUCAACGCGAUGGUGAUAUGUAUUUCAUGUUCCGUGUGGGUGACAUGAGGAAAAGCCACAUCAUCGGAGCAAAUGUAAGAGCUCAACUCAUCCGUUCCAAGAGCAGCAGGGAAGGUGAAUACCUGACCACGCAUCACACCGAAUUAGAGGUGGGGACUGACAAAUGUGGGUCUGAUUUGUUUUUCAUUUGGCCGAUGACUGUCAUGCAUAAAAUUGAUGAGAACUCACCGUUGUACAAUAUGUCGGCAGCGGAUUUAUUCUACGAAAAGUUCGAAAUCGCCGUUGUCCUGGAGGGAACUGUAGAGUCGACGGGACAAACCACCCAAGCAAGAUCGAGCUAUUUGAGCAAUGAAAUCAAGUGGGGUUAUCGAUUUGAGCCAGUUGUUACUUACAGCAAGGAAAGACAGGCAUAUGAGAUUGACUAUUCGAGGUUUGAUCAAACCACUAUGGUUGAUACGCCGUUGUGCAGUGCGAAAGAGCUGUCGGGAUUGAAAAGUAAUUUAGGAACACCCGAAGGAAGGAAUAAAACUCCUCCAGCUGUCUCAUAUUCACCAUAUUUAACAGUAAGGUCUAUGGAUGAAAUUCUACCAAGGAUCGAUGAGAAGCCUUCACUUAAAAUUCAACGCAUCGAAAGCGAUCCAUGUGGGCAACAAAUGAAGAAUGGAAAGGUUGUAAAGAACAGAGCUUAAGAAUUUUAAGGAAGCACUGCUUAGGAUUAGAUUAGGCAUAUAAGCGAAGUUUAUUUUUAAUUUAGAUACGUAAAAUCUUUACUUAUUACGAUACAUUCUGAUGCCAAAGCAAUAUUUAGACUUUAAGAGAAACGUAGUUGAAUUAUAUAGAUUUCGUUGCGAUAAAAUAAAUUGGAUUGAAGAUCAGAAGA